AUGUCAGGAUCAAAGCAUGUUGUUGAAAGCGAGGAACGAAAAAUUUGCGGAAAUGGGGGUUGUGUACAAACAGAUACCGUGGAGGCAAUGCUUGAUGCCGGUAAUUAUGAUCAAGCCGAAUCUGCUUUACGUGAAGGUUUAUCACUCAAUGCAGAGGAAGCACGAGCUCUUCUUGGAAGAUUAGAAUAUCAAAGAGGAAAUGCGGAAGCUGCUCUUCAAUUAUUUGAAGGUAUUGAUCUCCAAGCUGCUAUACAGCGGCUGCACACUGUUUCAACAGAAAAAAUACCUAAAAAAGCACGGUCACAAUCUGAGUCGGGGCUUUCCGGCCCACAACAGGGAGCCAAUCUGGUGCUUGAAGCCAUAUAUUUGAAAAUCAAGUCAUUUCAAAAACUUGAUAGGAUAAAUGAUGCUGUUGAAGAGUGUAAGAAAGUGGUUGAUGCGAUAGAGAAGAUAUUUCCACAAGGGAUUCCUGAUGCUUUUCUAGAAACCAAGUUACAAGAAACAAUUAGCCGGGCCACUGAGCUUCUCCCAGAACUUUGGGCGGAAGCUGGUUGCUACCAAGAAGCUGUUUCUUCUUAUCGACGUGCCCUCCUCACUCAAUGGAACCUGGAUAAUGACAGUGGCGCACGAAUUCAAAAUAACUUUGCAGUAUUUUUGUUGUAUAGUGGAGCUGAGGUGGGACCACCCACUACAUCUACAAAAGGUGAGGGCACUACGUUCCUGCCAAAAAACAAUUUAGAAGAAGCAAUUCUACUUUUAAUGAUUUGCAUGAGAAAGUUCUCACUCGGCAAGGCGAGAUGGGACCCACGUGUUAUAGAGCACCUCACAUUUGCUCUGUCUGUCUGCAACGAAACUCAUGUUUUAGCAAAUCAGCUUGAAGAAGUGAUCCCAGGGGUAAUUCAUCGUGUGGAUCUAUGGAAAAAAUUGGCUCUUUGCAGUAGCCAGAGAAAAACUGCCCUUAACUUACUGAAAAAACUACUUCAUAAACAUGAAAAACCGGAUGAUAUAUUGUCCUUGUUGUUGGCUGCUAAAAUUUGUAGUGAGGAUGGAUCUCUGUCUGCAGAGGGAAUCAUGUAUGCUCAAAGGGCAUUGAAUAAUUGCCAAAAAAGAAACAGACAUUUAAGGGGUGUAUGCCUUAGAGCUUUAGGACUUUGUUAUGGUAAACAGGCGAGUGUUUCGUCUUCAGAUUAUGAGCGUUCACGUCUCCAAUCUGAAGCACUAAAGUCAUUAGAUGAAGCAGUUUCAUUAGAGUCUGAAAACUCGGAUUUGGUCUUUGAGUUAGCAAUACAAUAUGCUAUGCAACGCAACUUGAAUAAUGCUUUAAGAUUAGCUAAACAGUAUAUUGAUAUAACCGGUGGCUCUAUGUUACGUGGUUGGAGACUGCUUGCUUUGAUUUUAUCUGCACAGCAACGGUUUCAAGAGGCAGAGGUAGUCACUGAUGCUGCUUUAGAUGAAACAGUGAAAUGGGAUCAAGGACCAAUUUUGAGAUUAAAAGCCAAGCUGAGAAUUGCACAAUCACGACAUUUGGAUGCUAUUGAAACUUAUCGACAGUUACUUGCAUUGAUUCAAGUCCAAAAAAAAUCUAAUGGGCCACUUCAUAGUACACACCAGACCGAAGAUGAUAGGGUAAACGAGUAUGAAGUUUGGCAAGGUCUAGCGCAUUUAUAUUCCAGCCUUGCACGUUGGAAGGAUGCAGAGAUAUGUUUGGGAAAAGCUCGGGAAAAUAUAGAAUGCUCAUCAGAGACAUUGCAUACCGAGGGAACUAUAUACCAGAGACGAGGGGAAAUAGAUGAUGCAUUGGCCUACUAUGUUAAUUCUAUAUUAGUAGAGGCAAAUUAUCUACCUUCCAAGAUCAGUAUUGGGGCUAUAAUGUCAGAUAGGGGGUUACCCAUGUUACCUGUGGCACGGACCAUGCUCUCAGAUGCACUUCGGCUCGAACCAACCAAUCGUAUGGCUUGGCUUCACCUGGGAUUCGUGCAUAAACUCGAUGGGCGCUUAUCAGAUGCCAUAGAUAGUUUCCAGGCUGCUUCCAUGCUUGAAGAAUCAGAUCCUAUUGAGAGCUUCAACUCAAUUCUUUGA